UUGGUCGAAUAGGCUUUUUGUGCAAGAGCCAAACGGUAGCAGAGAGAAGAAGCCUGAUAGUUAAAACUAACAAGUGCCCCCUCUCAUUUUCCCAAUUUGAAAUUUAGUGUCACUAUCCUAUCCCCCAUAUUCCCAUGGUUCUCUGUAAGCACGUCCUCAAGUCCGCCGCCGAUUCUGCCUUUCUUCUCCGGCGAGGUCUCUACUCCUCGUCCUCGGUUUCCACUAACGGAGUCGUCACCCGCGCCUCGGAGCUAGUCAAGUCCGGUCGAAACCGAGCCUAUCCGGUGGACACUUUAGCUCUGGUGAGGGGCUUGGAGGCCAAAGGCGUGCCGACGGACCAUGCCGAGGCAAUCACGUCUGCCAUCACCGGAGUUUCCACUGAUAGCUUGGAAAAUGUGAACCAAUUGCAGAGGACUGUGAUGCUGCAAGAAGCGAAACUGUCCAAGUUUGAAGCCGAAGUAAAGAGCUUACAGGAACAUCAUUUUUCCAUGUUGACACGUGAAACAGAAAAGCUUCAGAGUAUCAUAGACAAGAUGCGCAGUGAACUGAGGUAUGAGUUGGACAAGGUUGCAGCUGGGUCACGCUUGGAUUUAAAUCUUGAAAAAGGGCGCAUGCGUGAUGAGUUUAGCAAUCAGAAUGCAGAAACAGCCAAUCUGACAAACAAACUUGAUCGAGAAAUUCAAGCAGUAAAAGCCCUGGUUGAAAUGGGAAAAUAUGAAGUGAUUAAAUACUGCAUUGGAACCCUUGUCUCCAUGACAGCAGUUGGUAUUGCUGUGCUUCGUAUUAUAAUGAAUUGAGCUACUAUGGUCAUCAAAGGUUACAGAGCAUUUCUAUGCUCAUUCUUUUGAUAACAGUACGAUGCUAGAACAAGUAUAUUGUUAUAGGUUAUAGCUAUUGUGGUCAUCAAAGGCUAAAGCACUCGAAUGUUCUUUUAUGAUAGUUUGAUGGUAGAACAAUUAGGAAGUUGAAUGAAAAUAUAAGAUAGUCACAGUUCCAAGAAAAUGCAAUUCCGUUUGGCCUA